UAUUUCUCCUCCUUCUUAAUAUAUUUCUUGAUCAUGUUAUUGUCUACAGCUUUUGGUAAGAGUCAUGUUCACAAAAUACCAAAAGAUGGGAUGCCAGAUUUAAUCCGUUCAAUUGCAGAGAACCAUGAAGCUGGCCAGCCAUUUUAUCUACUUGAUUUGGCUAUAAUUGAAAGGGUUAUGGACAAAUGGAACCAUUCUUUUCCAAAUAUAAAACCUUUCUAUGCUGUGAAAUGCAACAGUGAACCUGCACUUCUUACUAAACUAGCCAAAUUGGGUGCAAAUUUUGAUUGUGCUAGCCAACUAGAGAUCGAGACCGUCUUAAAUCUCGGAAUUAGCCCCAACCAAAUCAUAUUUGCUAACCCAUGCAAAGCUAUUUCCCACAUUAAAUACGCAGCCAAUGUUGGGGUCAAUCUCACAACUUUUGAUUCAAAACUUGAAAUUGACAAGAUCAAGAAAUGGCACCCACAAUGUCAUUUAUUGCUUCGAAUUAAAGCCCCUAGUGAUAGUGGCUCGUUACGUCCCCUGGGAAAAAAAUUCGGCGCGUUACCAGAAGAAGUUGAGCCACUACUGCAUUACGCUUGUAAUAUGGUCGGGCUAAAAGUUGUAGGCGUUUCAUUUCACGUUGGAUCUAUAGCACAAGAUCCCAGCAUUUAUCGCGAGGCGAUUGCAGCUGCUAGGACCGUGUUUGAUGUUGCUGAUCAUCUUCGAAUGCCUAAAAUGCAAAUUUUAGACAUUGGUGGAGGAUUUAGAUCGACACCAUUGUUCGAGGAAAUAGCUAGUGUAGUAAAAAAAGCAGUCCAAGAUUAUUUACCCUUGCCCAACUUAACAUUAUUUGCAGAGCCAGGGCGGUUUUUUGCAGAAACGGCCUUUACUUUAGUCACUCAUGUGAUUGGUAAAAGAGUUAGAGGUGAGAAAAUAGAGUAUUGGAUUGAUGAAGGGAUUUAUGGAUCAUUUAGGCCAACGCUUUACAAUAGUUGUUUUGUGGGUAUUAAGCCAUUUUUACGUCAGGUUGAAGAAAAAUCUUGUCAAAUAUGUGAGUCAACUAUUUAUGGACCAAGUUGUGACUCACUUGAUGCAGUGGCUAUUGACAUAAAAUUGCCCGAGCUUCAUUUGGAUGAUCUGAUAGUGUUUUAUAACAUGGGCGCAUAUUCAAUAUGUGGAGGAACUAAGUUCAAUGGAUUUGAUAUGUUAUCUACCCCUAUCUAUCUUGUUAAUUCAAAUUCAAGCUAAAAUACGUUAAAAGGGCAAUUCGAUAAGCUCCCGUUAUACGCGAGGUUCGGAAAUAAAACAAAAUAAUGAAUAGGAACACUCAUAAUGAAUAGGAACACUCAUUGUUAUUUUCUUCCCUACGUGAGCAUGAUUGAAUAAAGCAU